GUACCCGCCCUAUUUGUCUCUUCCGCCGCCCCCAUCCACUGCAACAUUCAGGCAGGUUCACCUAAUGUGCUUGUGCAGGCUCGGUGACGCCGCUGCUGUGUUGGGAAAUACUCGGUGAAUCGGGAGUGUUCAGAGUACUAAUCGGCAGCCGAACAUCAAACGACGCUUCUAAACUACAGAUCCUGUAGAACAACGCGACGAACAUGGCAGAUCCAAUGACCCAAUCUUCUCAGAUUUCGUCGUCACAAGGCCUAAACGAUGGGCAUUCUGCAUCGUCCAAAGACUCCAAGUUUUCCGAUUCCUUUUUUUCUUCGCCUGUAUCUCUCAUUCAGUCUCCUCAAGACAAAAGAGUGGUACUGGGCUCUGACAAACCUUCAGAGAAUUUGGCCUCAUCUCUUCGCUUUUCUUCUCAGUCAAGUUCCUUUUCACCAGUUGCUUAUGGAAUCGACUCAUCGGGAUCACCUGCUGACAACAUAGAUCGUACCUUCAAAGAGAAACGGGAGCUUUUUGAUUCGUCUUUUGGCUCUCAAAAGCAGGACUCCCCUAUAAAGACAUCCCCAGUGUCUGAGAGAAUCAAAGCACUAGAAGCUUUAGCUGCAAAGCAGAAUGAUUUUGAUAGAAGUGAUGGGGGGUUUCCACAUUUUAAGGAGCGUCACUAUGAGAAGUCCCCUACUGAACCACAAGGAAUUUCCUCUCGUUUGUCCUUUCAGAAAAGGACAACAUCAAAUGAGCAGGAAUCUUCAGAAUUACCUUUUCAGAAAAGGAAAAUGUCAAAUGAGCAGGAAUCACCCUUUCAGAAAAGGACCAUGUCAAAUGAACAGGAAUCUCCAGAAUCCCCCUUUGAAGUGCUUGGAGAGGAAAGGCGUGGAAGUGAUUUUGAAGACACCGCUGACUGGAUGAGAGCUCACUUACCUCCAGCACCGGAUUUCAACAUUGAAGAUCCUGAUCUUGAUGAGGGAAAUCAUUCUCCCAUGGUGCAAGAGAGCCCAUCCAAAGUUAUGAAACCAAACAAAGAUACAGCAGAAGUUCCAGAACCUUUUGCAGGAGUUCCUGAUCAGUUUAUGGACAGUCCCAUCAAAGUUCCAGAUGAUAUCAGUCAGUCAAAGGAUGAUGAAAACAAGCAAUCAAAACAAGAAAGUGUUGAGGAAGAUUCUGAAUUUGACCUGAACUUUUUACCAACAGCCUAUAUGUGGGAUAAACAAGACAAAGCUGAUACAGGCAUUCAAGGAUAUCAGACAUUCCUUGACAAUCAAGAGCUUCCUUCCUCCCCUGCUCCUCCGGCAGAUUUUCAGUCAACAUCACCACCCCCCCCUGUGUCCCAACAGAUGGAGCCUAGUUCUACACAACCUUCCAAUAUUUCAAAGGAAAGCUUGGAGCCUGCUGAAAUCCAAGAGGUAGACAGCUCUGGGGAAUCCGAUGACACAGUGAUUGAAGAAACCAUGAGCAUUCCAACAGUGAGAAACAAUGACCUUGACAUAAAAACCAACGAAGAAGAGGAGGUAGUUCCAACCACUGAAAAACAGCCAAUUUUGGUACCUAUUAUUAAUGUUAUUGAAACAGAGGAACAAGUUUUAAGUGAUGAUGAGGAACCACUUGAGGUGGAAGAGGAGGAGGAGGAGGAGGAGGAGGAUGAAAAGUGUGAAAUAUUGCAAGGUGAUGGCAAAAGGUCACCAGAGCAACACGACUCAGAGAUUCCAGAACAAGUGUCUGUGGAAACUCUAUGUGGUGAGUGUAAACCUGACCAUGGCAUUUCCUCUCAGACAAAUCAAAAUUGCUCUGAUGCUGAGUGCUCUCCUGAACACAAGGUGAUUGAAGAUGAUUAUGAAAGUGGCAUUUUUCUCCAGUCUUCUCCAGACUCCGGAGGACUACAUUCAGAGGACUCUCAAGAGCUUAUGUCUCGGAAUUUAGUGUCCUUUGAACCCCUUAAAGAGUCUUUCCUAGAAAAAGACCUUGACAAGACUGCAGAAAUACUUUCUGACCUGCCACCCGACAUCAGUUCCCCCUCAAAUGAACCCAGUGAUGUAGAAACUUACCUGGAUCAUUACGCCAGUGAAGAGCUUGCUUUAAAAGACCAGCUGAAUUCAUCUUAUUUUAAGGAAAGUAAAGGUGAGAAAACAGAGAUUUCAAAAUCAAGUUGUACUCAAGAUAAUCAAAAUACCAAUGUUCGGGAGUCCUUUGAACAUAUUAAUGAUGAUUUCAAUGAGACACCCAAUGAAUGCAGGCUAGACUAUGAAUCUUUGCCUGAGCCUUUCCUGUCUGAUCCUUCAUCUGAUAUUUCUGAUUUUGAGACUAUAAUCUGUCAAAACAAAAUUACAGAUUAUAGUGUUGAUCCAGAAGAUCAAAAGUCAGCAGCAGAAAUCAAGGCUUCAAUCUUUCAGGAACAGGAAGAGUUGCCAGUCCAGUCAAUUGAUCAACAACCACCAGUUCAAGAGAACCCACCUUCACCAUUCCCCUCUUUUCAUGAAGAACAGUCUAGCAAAAUCAGUGAAGAUAUUUCUGGCCCUGUGGCAAAUGAGAUUACUGAAGGAUCAGUGAUAACCAAGUCUGAACCUCGAGUUGUUCCCACCAAAGAUCUUUUAGACCGACCGGAUUCACCAGAGACCCUAAGCGAUACAGAGACGUUUGAAGCAGAAUGCUCAGUAACAGCAGCAACUGACAGCUUCGUGGAGUUCAUGAGGGAGUGUCUUAAGUCACAGCAGGAUGAGGAACCGGAGGUCCUCAGUCCCAGACAAAAAACUAUAGACCAGAAUCCCAAAUCUGAUGCUCCUGCUUCCACUCAAUCCUCUCCGGCUAUGAUCAUGGAUUUAGAGCAGGAGCGUCUCACAAUUUCUGCUUUGAAACAGCUUGGGAGCAGCCAAGAAGAUGAAGACAAGGAUAUUCCCACUAUGAAGACUGCCCUAAAGCCUGAUAACCCUCCACUUCCUACAGCUAAACCUGAGGCCUCAGAAACCUCAUCUUCUCUCACUCAAAACAAGUAUCAGCCUGAUGCCUUGCUUCCCAAAGAGGUAGAGGCAAUCGACAUUUGGGUAGCAGAGGCCUACCAUCUUGCAGAGCAUGUCUUGACAGCAAUACUAACCCAUCUUACAGUGAAUGACCUGGUGCACUGGCGGGACCCUAAGAAGUCAGGGGUGGUGUUUGGCGUGUCGCUGCUGUUGCUGCUUUCUCUGGCAGCGUUUAGCGUGAUCAGCGUGGUCUCCUACCUGCUGCUGGCCCUGCUCUGUGUCACCAUCUCUUUCCGCAUCUACAAAUCUGUCAUCCAGGCUGUGCAGAAGUCCAGCGAAGGACACCCCUUCAAGGCUCUGAUGGAGAAAGAUGUCACCGUGCCCCCCGAGACCUUCCGCAAGCACGUGGACGCCUGUCUCUCCCACGUCAACCGUGUGCUCAAGCAGAUGAGCCGCCUCUUUCUGGUUGAGGAUCUGGUGGAUUCUCUCAAGCUGGCAGUGGUUAUGUGGCUGCUGACAUACGUCGGAGCGGUCUUCAAUGGCAUCACUAUCCUCAUCCUCGCCGACAUCCUGCUCUUCAGUGUACCGCCCGUCUAUGAGAAAAACAAGACUCAGAUUGACCGUUACAUUGACAUUGCACGCACUCAAAUCAACACUACAAUUGCCAAGCUGCAAGAGAAACUCCCAGGAGCCAUGAAGCGCUGUAAAGCAGAAUGAUCCUCCUCUCCGAUCCCUCGUUACCAUGUUUACCAUCCUUCUAUCUUUAGCCGCCUCCCCUUAUACUAAGCCCAGCCCCCUUUCCCUCUCUUCCCCAGUUAAACCCCACACCUUAAAACAACCAUCUGCACUGAACCAGCUAGUAUGUAAAAUCUAAAAAGCUUCUUGAUAUUCAAUGUUAACUGCAGCUUAUUAAUGAGCAUUAGGAAAAGAAGCUCGGGGCUCCAGGAGCUGGUGUUUUUCAACACAGGAAGUGAUGCUAUUGGAUGCCCGUUUUGAAGGCCGGUGCACGGAAGGAUUUGUGAACUAGACUGAACCUAUGACCUGGUUUUGAGUGUUGGGUUGGGUGGUGCUGUAGUAAUGAAUAAAGACAGGUAUUUGACUCAAAAGCAAAUGUCUGUUUUUUCCAAAAAAUUAACAUUUCACUGAAAAAUACUGACAAAAAAAAAAGAGAGAGAUCCUAAUGAACUAUACUUUCCCUCCUAUUUGUUCUUUGAAAAAUGUGUCCGUAUUCAUCUGAAAUGCACUGAACAGUUCUAGACGUUUUGAUCAGGAUGCCACCAGCGGUGAUAAUUCGGUCUAGUUCACUCUCCUCCCCGUUAUUGGCGCAAUUUUUAAUUUUGUGUAUGUAUAUAUAGUUCAAUUACAACAGGCUCUUUGCUGUGAAGUAGUUAGUGUUGCUUUUUAUAUUUAAAAAAAACAAAACAAAUAUACAGCUCUUAUAUUUGUCUCUUUCGCACCUCUCUCGCACUCAGUCACCUGAGUUGAGUUCACAUGUAAAUGUUAUUGUUAUUACUCUUCGAAUAAUAGUUAUUAAAUUAUAUCUCGAUUAGGAUGGCUGCUUUAAGUCCCCUGUCUGACAUUAGCUUCAUAACAAUAAAUAUUAAUCACCUUAAGAUUGAGUUUUAUGUAUAGGAUCGUCAGAGCACCAGAAUAUAGGAGUAUAGGAAGGCAGUAACUUUCUGCUUGAUGUGAUGUUGGCCCCACAAGUCAUCGGUUUCUGUUGAAACGGGGCCAGUGCCCAUCAUUUGUCAUCUAGAUAAGUAAGAGGUUUUUUUUUUGUUUUUGUCAGCAUUUCGGGGCAUCGUUUACCACCUUGAGCACUGAAGAAGUUGAAAUAUUUAAAGGCUGCAAAGAGCUAUUAUUUAAGCUGGAUAAUUACACACUUACUAAUAACACUGUUUUUCCUUAAAAGUCGAAACCCCACUGUAAACACUGUUGGCUUUUAGGACACAACUGCGAGAAAGGGAAGGGUAGCGUAGUGAAAAUAACUUCAGGUUGGGCCCGCUGUGUUUGAAAGCAGCAUCAGUCCGCGCAAAAACUACUACACAGUUACGACGUGAUAAAUGGAUUAUCUGCCGUAUAUCAAGUUGCAUUCGCAUUGUUGCUUUUGUCACUGCGUAGCCUGUCGGCUCCUGAUGGUUUUAUCGUGUUUUUCGCUUAACAUUCCAGCUGAUGCAGUUGGAAGCAUGUCCAAAUUGGGAAAAUUGACAUUUUAACACUAACACGUUCCAUCACGUUUUAAAAGUUUGUUCUGUGAUUACGGCCCCUUUCUAAUAUAAUUUGAUUUGCUGUUAAUUUUUUAUUUUUUUUCCUCUCUCUCUCUCUCUCUCUCUCUUUCAUCCUAUUUGUGUCGUAUGCAUGCUUACACACAUGAUCGGAUUCAGACGGAAGUGUCUUGUCAUUGUGUUGCUUAACUAGCAUGUUCUACAGUCGAGAUCACAUGUGCGGUGUUGCUUUCGAAGAACAGGUCAAGCUCUGACAAUUUGCAUUACCACAUUGUUUUCUUUGAAUUUAAGGGUAAAUGAUGACUAUAUAACUAAUUUUUUAAGAGAUGCAAACCUCUGUUUAGGUUCUUUGUCUUAUUAUCUGCUUUCUUCUCUUUCUGAGGUUCAGUUUAAUAUUUGGGCAUAUUUUUUUUUUUACUUAUUCCUGUAGUACCUUAGCAUGUUUGCUGUUUCUUCUUUCCCGUGUUUCUCUCCGAGAAGGGGUGACAGAGGUCACGUUCUUUUUUUGCUUUUGAUUCUUGAAGACUAGAUGUGAUGACUAACAUCUACAUUCAGUUUGUUAGUUUUGAAUUAAGUUAAUAUGUGGGAGCUUUUGGGGGAUGCAAAAAGAUGCAAACAGGAAAACUUGUGGUCCCUGUAAUGAUGUCAAAGUGAACUUAAUAAAAUGCCAAAAGCAUUUGUAUCGCU